AGCUUUGGACCAAGUCCACUCGGAGAGGUCCUGUUGAGCCAAUCGGGUAACAGCUGCGCAACAGGAGAGCUCAUGGGUAGCUCCCUGGCAGGAGAGAUGCCUCCAGAGGCUUUCCUGAGGCCAAGCCCCGUACAUCGCAUUGCGUCACAUAGUGCUGCACCAAGCCGCAUGCCCCGAUUUUCCGCAAGGCAAUCUGCCUCGAGCAAGUUUUCAGCCGAUGCGAUGGCGGUUGCAGGAGCAAUGGCCCUUGGAGUCACCGGAGGCUUUCAGGCCUCCAGACGAUCAUGCCGGACCCGAGAGCUUCGCGCGCGCAUCGCUCGUGCUAUGUCUCCUAUGUCUCCUGGCGACUAUGGCUUACCACCAAAGCUCGCAGGGAUGGCCGGUGCUCUGUCAGCUUUACCAAAUGACCGCAUGCGAUACCAGCAGCUCAUGGCAUUGGCUGGAAAGCUGAAACCCAUGGCCGACGAUCUGAAAGUCCCAGAGAACAAGGUACCAGGAUGCUUGAGCGUCGUUCAUGUGCAUGCUUCUUUGGAAGAGGACGGCACUGUAACGUUUCAAGGAGAUUCCGAUGCUUUGAUCUCCAAAGGUUUGGUUGCCCUCCUGGUACUGUGUUUGAGCGGCUGCACUCCAGAAGAGAUUGCUGGUGUUCAGCCAGAAUUCAUCAAGGCCUCUGGAAUUUCAGCUUCCCUAACACCCGGGCGCAACAACGGAUUCUUCAACAUGUUCAAGUUGAUGAACAAAAAGGUUGCACGGCUGAAAGCUGCCAAAGCUGCCGAAUCUGGCGAAUCUGGCGCCAUGAAGGCCGGUGAAGACACGGAGACCGAGGAAACGCCGGAACUGCAGAUCUACAACACGCUCAGUCGAAGCAAGGAAGCGUUUAAGACCUUAGAGCCUGGAAAGGUGAAGAUGUAUGUUUGUGGCGUCACUGUCUACGAUCUUUGCCAUCUAGGCCACGCGCGCGUCAUGGUGUUCUUUGAUAUUGUGGCGCGGUUUCUGAGGCAUUUGGGCUACGAUGUCACUUUUGUCCGCAAUGUGACAGACAUUGAUGACAAGAUCAUCAAGAGAAGUCAGGAGACUGGUGAGACUGCAGAGGAGUUGGCCCGAAGGAUGGAAGAAGAGAUGGCUCGGGAUGCAAAAAGCUUGGGCUGCACAUCGCCAGACUUUGAACCGAGAGUCUCUGAAUCGAUCGAAGAGAUCACUAGCAUGGUUGAAACGCUUGUGAAGAAGGACUUCGCAUAUGCUGGCAAGGGCGAUGUGUACUUCCGAGUGCGACGCUUUGAGACCUACGGGCGGCUAUCCAGGUGUAGCUUGGAUGGUAAUGAAGCUGGUGCACGCGUCGAGGUGGCUGACGUCAAAGAGGCCCCGGAGGAUUUCGUGCUGUGGAAGUCUGCAAAGCCUUCAGAGCCUUCCUGGGAGUCACCAUGGGGGCCUGGUCGACCUGGAUGGCACAUUGAAUGCAGCGCGAUGGCAAAGCGCUACCUUGGCGAUACUCUGGACAUCCACGGCGGAGGGCCGGAUCUGGUUUUCCCGCAUCAUGAAAAUGAAAUCGCACAAAGCGAAGCAGCCAAUGACCAGCCAUAUGUCAAAACGUGGAUGCAUUGUGCGGCUGUGCGAAGCACUGGCAACGAGAAGAUGUCAAAAUCAUUGGGAAACUUCGUCACCAUCAGAGAUGUGCUCAAGCAGUACGAUGGAGAGGUGGUGCGGUUCUACCUCUUGAGCUCCCAGUAUCGAAGGCCUAUGAUGUAUUCGGAAGAAGCCUUGGAAGAGGCGCAGGAGCGUCUGCUGAAGCUCUACAGUUCACUGCGGGGAGCCGCCGGAGCGCAGACGGAGUCGCCAGACCCUGAGUGCGAGCAGCAGCACCGCUUUUUGGCCGCCAUGGCAAAUGAUACGAAUCUCUUGAAUCGACCCACGGAUCACAUGCGGAAGCGCAUCGCGAAAGAUUUCGACACUGUGAACGCAAUCGCAGCUCUGACAGACUUGUCCAGAGAGCUGCUGCAGCUUCAGCAGGGUGAUCAUGGUGCCGAGUUCCAGACCAAAGCAAGGCAACUGCGCGCCAUGGGAGCAGUUCUUGGGAUUUUGCAGCGAGAUCCCGAGGAGGUCUGCAAAGGCCCUGUGGAUUCCGACUUCGAGGCAAAGGUGGAGGAUCUGAUCCAGGCUCGUGCCGAUGCGCGGAAAGCCAAGGACUUUACCAAAGCCGACGCCAUCCGAGACGAGCUCACAGGCAUGGGCGUAGUUAUCGAAGACGGUGCUAAAGGAACCUCCUGGCGUGUAGCCUCAUUGGCCUGAGAGAAGACAAGAGCCAUCAAGAACCAAAAAAUGAGUGGAUUCCAACUG